AUGCAGUCGCGACCGGUCUCUCCUGGGGCAAGUGCGCGAUCGCCCUCACCAGAUCAAUCGGCCUCCGAGUAUCCUUUGCAGGAGAUCAGGUCACAGUACAAGGAUGAAGCCCGCGAUAGCAAUGAACUAAGCUUUGACUUAGAGUUAGGCGAUGUGCCUCUUCUGCCCUCCGAAGUGCAUGGCAUGGAGGCUCGGUCGGAAAAAAUCGAGCGCGAUCCGCCGUUUUCUUGUACACCCUCGGGAUUCUAUGCAUGGCUUCGUGGCCCGACGCCGGCGCAUGUCUAUCAUAUUACCCCUUGGUUCCCUCAUUUACAAGCCGCGCCGGCGCGUCUAAUUGAUCAGAAAUUCCCGCACAGGAAUUCAAAGAUCGCACUCCUUUUUGGUGGUUUGAUUUUUUGGAUUAUCGUGUUCUUUGCGUCCUUGAAAGCUUCUGUUGCGAGUCAAGAUGUUCCGGGGUAUGGGCAGCCAGUCAAGCUGUCGUGUCACCACCGUUUAUGGAGCAAUGCCACGAAUUGCGGACUGGAUGGUGAUCUUUGUCGCCCAUUCGAGGACCAAUCUUUCGCGUUCCGCUGCCCUUCUAGCUGUGCGGCGGCGAUUCUCCUGGAGCCAUAUUUUGUUGGCGACCAGGAGCUCAAUUACCGACCUUUAGUCGUGGGAGGCAAGCCAUUUAAAGUAGAUGGUCAUAAUAGCGGCACUUACCGUGGCGAUUCGUCAAUUUGCGCGUCAGCACUGCAUGCAGGUCUAAUUGAUGACGCGACGGGUGGUUGUGGUAUCCUGCACCGCACCGGCGAGCAGAAAAGCUUUCAAUCUUCCACGCAGCACGGAGUUGAAAGUAUCGAAUUUCUCUCGAGCUUCCCGAUGUCAUUCCGGCUCGCCAAUGAAGUGUCAUCCCCAGACUCGAAUGAAAUGAAGCCGAUCAAGUGUUCGGAUGCGCGCUGGUCGCUCUUUGCCUUCACAUUGAUAUGGACUACCAUCUUGUCCUUGGUCGUGACCUCAGCACCGGCAUUCUAUUCCAUGAUAUAUUUCAUUGUCUGGUUCCAAGUCGCCAUGGCAUCCGACCCACCCUCAAUGGGGAGCUACUAUGACCUUGUGUCAAUUGCCCUUGGUCGUUUCUUGCCUGGUGCUUUUGUAGGAUUCGUGCUGUAUUACUUCUGCGUGCGGCACACGCUAACAGGGUUGGAUGCACACUGGGACAAGACUGUUCUGUGGCUGGGCGGCUGCUGGGUUGGCGCUUUGAAUACGGACACAUUCGAUCGCAUUCCAAUCUCUCGCCUCACGCCCCACGACAUCCAGCAGCAACCGGGUGCUCUCACGGCUCUCAUUAUUGUAGUUGGUACUUUGAUCACAAUCGCCUUUGGUCAAGCACAUUGUUUCCGUCGCGAGGGCCGCUUCUUCCCUACGAUAAGCAUCUAUGGCGUCCUUGUUGCAGGUGUCCUCGUCCUCGUCGCCGUGCCGCACAUGAACCUACGCAUCCACCACUAUAUUCUUUCUCUUCUCUUCCUGCCUGGAACAACUCUGCAAACUCGACCCAGUCUCCUAUACUCAGGCAUCCUUAUUGGUCUAUUUAUAAACGGCAUCGCCCGCUGGGGCUUCGAUUCGAUUCUCCAAACUCCAGCCGCUCUCCUUGAUGGCGCCAAACUUGGUACCGUUCCACCAAAGAUAUAUCCCCCUUCCUUGACGGAUUCGAACAACCUCGUCUUCUCUUUCCCAGACCUUGAGCCCCAUGCCGACGGUCUCAGUAUCCUAGUCAACGACGUCGAGCGUUUCCAGGCAUUCCGACCCAAGGAUGGCAAACCUUUGCCGGAUUUCACUUGGUCUCGUACUUAUCCCAACGAGUUGGAGUACUUCCGUUUUGGACUCGUUCACACGAAUGCUUUGGGUGGUCUUUGGUAUGAAGACUUUUCUCCACCUGCCGUUUGGGGCGUUGAUGGUAAUUUUGUUUUCCCUGAUCCUGAGGUCUCCGACGAGGAUCCUGAAUCCGAAUAG